CCACAUUGACAUUUCCUUUUUUGGAAAAACAUAACCGCUUAUAAUUUUUCCAUUAUCUCUAUUUUUUUGUUGGAAAUACCUUGAUUCAUAUAUCAGAUAAACGCGAGAUAAAUUUUUGAUUGUUUAGGAGUUCACGCACCAUAACCUGCUCAUUAAAACGGUAAAAAGUGGUUCUUUCGUGUCAGUUUUGAUACCGGAAAUCUGCUUCAGGGAACCGGAUUUUUUUUUCGUUUAGUCUUGGUGAUAAGAUAAUGUCGUACUCUUGCAAAAGUAUUUACUCUACCCUGCCCAAAACCCAAAGGGGCCAACCACUUGUUUUGGGUGGAGAUCCUAAAGGGAAAAACUUCCUUUAUACCAACGGAAAUUCAGUUAUUAUUAGAAAUAUUGAUAACCCGGCAAUAGCUGAUGUUUAUACUGAACACUCUUGUCAAGUAAAUGUGGCCAAAUACUCCCCAAGUGGAUUUUACAUCGCAUCUGGGGAUCAAUCUGGUAAAGUUCGUAUUUGGGACACUGUAAAUAAAGAACACAUCCUAAAAAAUGAAUUCCAUCCUUUUGGUGGACCCAUUAAAGAUAUUGCCUGGUCACCAGACAACCAAAGAAUGGUUGUUGUUGGUGAGGGACGUGAACGCUUUGGACAUGUUUUUAUGUCUGAAACAGGGACAUCUGUGGGAGAAAUAUCUGGACAAUCUAAACCCAUAAACUCUUGUGACUUCCGUCCAACAAGACCUUUUAGAAUUGUUACUGGAAGUGAGGAUAACACCAUUGCUGUCUUUGAAGGUCCUCCAUUUAAGUUUAAGAUGACUAAGCAGGACCAUUCCCGAUUCGUGCAAGCAGUCCGUUACUCCCCUUCAGGCAACUUAUUCGCCUCGGCUGGUUUCGAUGGUAAAGUUUUUCUGUACGAUGGGGCCACCUCUGAAUUGGUUGGCGAAAUCGGCUCCCCCGCCCACUCCGGUGGCGUUUACGGCGUGGCCUGGAGUCCAGACGGUAAACAGCUGCUUACAGCAAGCGGUGACAAAACCGCCAAACUGUGGGACGUCGAAACGAGACAGGUCGUUUCAGAAUUUAAAUUGGGCAACACUGUCGAAGACCAACAGGUGUCUUGUUUAUGGCAAAACCAACAUCUCUUGUCGGUUUCUUUAAGCGGCUUCAUUAACUAUCUGGAUGUAAAUAAUCCAGAAAAGCCAUUGAGGAUCGUUAAGGGGCACAAUAAACCCUUAACAGUGCUUACACUUAGUGCAGACAGGGGUACGAUUUUUACCGGAUCUCAUGAUGGGGUGGUUACCAGAUGGAAUACGGAAACGGGAGAAAAUGAUAAGAUCGAAGGCGCAGGGCAUGGUAAUCAGAUUAAUGGCAUGAAGGUACACGACGGCACCCUAUACACCGUCGGUAUCGAUGACAGUCUGAAACAAAUAGACAUUGAAGGCAAUACCUAUAGGCAACAAGACGUUAAGUUGGCCUCGCAACCUCGAGGUAUGGACGUUUUGAAAGAACAAAACAUCAUAAUAGUGGCUAGUGUGAACGAAAUCAGCGUAAUUAAAGAUAACAGAAAACUGAGUACUUUGAAGGUCAAUUUUGAGCCUACCAGUGUUAGCUGCUCUUUAAAGGGACAUAUUGCCAUUGGCGGUUCUAUUGAUAACAAAGUGCAUAUUUAUGAAUUGAGCGGAGAUAAUUUAAACCAGGUUAAGGAGUUGGAUCAUUUGGGCCCUGUUACUGAUGUAGCUUACUCUCCUGAUGAUAAAUAUUUGGUCGCUUGCGAUGCUAACAGGAAAGUGAUUUUGUAUGAUACUGAAGAAUAUAAGCCAGCAACAAAACAAGAAUGGGGUUUUCACAAUGCCAGGGUAAAUUGCGUAGCUUGGUCUCCGGACUCGUUAUUGGUGGCCAGUGGAUCUCUAGAUACCAGCAUUAUAAUCUGGUCCGUUGAAAAACCUGCCAAACACAUUAUUAUUAAAAACGCCCAUGCUCAAAGCCAAAUCACUAAACUGGCCUGGGUGGACAACACUACUGUAGUGUCCAUUGGUCAGGACUGUAACACAAAACUAUGGACAAUUACUCCGUUUUAGUUUUCGUAUUGAUUUGAAUUCAAACCGUAUUUAUAUUAAUUAUAUAUACUAUAUAUUUUUGGGUACAACUGCCUUUGCAUUUAAGUUUCGUAUUUUUGUGAUUUUUAGAUUUUUUUGUUCAGAAUUUAUUAUUAUUGUAUUAUUUUGCCACUAACGUAUUUAUUAUUAUUUAUAUAUUUAUUGUAUUUUUUUUGUUUUGCUUGGGCGCUGGCUGAUUUGCAUUUGUAACAAAGUAUUGCGUGAAGUGGCCAACCAGGAAAUCCUGAAAAUUGGCAAUCUUAUUUAAUGGAAUGUUCAUUAAUUAUUUAUAUAUAUGGAGGUAAAUAAUGAUUAAAUUGAAAAUAGUUUUAAACAUU